AUGUCAAGAGCAUAUAUCCAAGCCAUCUGCUAUGAGUGUGUUAGCAUCCGUUCCGAAAUUGAAUUCUUCAACUGCAACAACUUUGUGCGACCACUAUUACAACUGUUACGAAGGAAAGUGCAUCCGAAACCAAUAAAAUGUGAACGUAAUUUACUCUUCAAUCCGCUACUCCGCGUAUGUGAUUAUCCAGAAAAUGUAGAUUGUAGUGGCCUGCCUGGCACAACUCGAAGCACAUCUACCACAUUAACAACUACAAUUAGACCGACAUCACCAACUACGACACCAACUACAACACCAACUACGACACCAACUACGACACCAACUACGACACCAACUACGACACCAACUACAACACCAACUACGACACCAACUACGACACCAACUACGACACCAACUACGACACCAACUACGACACCAACUACAACACCAACUUCACCGCAACCAACCACAAAAUCAACUUCAAUACCAACAUUUCCGACAUCGCCGCCAACUACAACAACAACAACACGAAAACCGCCUUGGUGGACUUGUAAAUCCGAUGGCAGAGUACACAAGAUUCCUCAUGAAACUAUGUGCGACCACUAUUACAACUGUUAUGACGGCAAAGUAAAUCCGAAACCUAUAAAAUGCGAACGUAAUUUACUCUUCAAUCCACUUCUCCGCGUAUGUGAUUAUCCAGAAAAUGUAGACUGUAGUGGUUUGCCUGGCACUACCCGAAGCACACCUACCACACCAACUACUCCUACAAUCAGACCGACAUCACCGCCAACUACUCCAACACCAUCACCUUCACCAACAACUGUUACAACAUCGUCACCAACUACGGUGACACCAACUACAUCACAAUCAACCACUGAAUCGACGACACCAUCAACAACUUCAAUACCAACACAUCCGACAUCACCGCCAACUACUCCAACACCGUCACCUUCACCGACAACUGUUACGACAUCGUCACCAACUACGAUGACACCAACUCCACCACAAUCAACCACGGAAUCGACACCAUCGACGACUUCACCAACUACGAUGACACCAACUCCAUCGCAACCAACCACGAAAUCGACUUCAAUACCAACACUUCCGACAUCACCGCCAACUAUAACAACAACACGAAAACCGCCUUUGUGGACUUGUAAAUCCGAUGGCAGGAUACACAGGAUUCCCCAUGAAACUAUGUGCGACCACUAUUACUACUGUUAUGAAGGCAAAGUAAAUCCGAAACCUAUAAAAUGCGAACGUAAUUUACUCUUUAAUCCAAUACUCCGUGUAUGUGAUUAUCCAGAAAAUGUAGACUGCGACGCUAUAUUUACUACUAUUUCAACAACCACAAAAAUGUCUACGCCAACACCACCUAAAUCAUCAACAUCCUCAACCACAAUUACAACAUCAAUCACAAGCAUUACAACAGACACAACACCAAUUACGACAGCAACAGCAACAGAUACAACGACUACUACAACAAUUGAAACAUCAAACGCAACUACAGGAGAUACAACACCAGAUACAUCAUCAACUACACCAAGUACGACAACAAUUACAACAACAGAUACAUCUUCUGCAACAUCAGACAGAACAAUUACCAACACGCCAACAAUUACGACAACUGCCACAUCUUCUGCAACAUCAGACACUACAAUUACAAACACGCCAACAAUUAUUAUAACAGACACAUCGGCAACAUCUGACUCAACAACAAAUACAAUGACAUCUACAGCUUCAACAAUAACAACAUCAGAUAUUACAACAGCAGAAACGACAAGUGCGACUGCAACAACAACAGUUACACCUACAAGUACAACUACUGAGAUAGCAAGUACAACAUAUAUUACAACAUCUGAGACGCCAACUACAAAGCCGCCUAACAGACCUCGUGAGAAGUGUCCUCCUAAAGGAUCACCUGAAAAAGGGCGUAUUGCACAUCCAUAUCAAUGCCAUUUGUAUUACGAAUGUGAGAAUGGUGAUCCAAUAUUGAAACAAUGUCCAAUUGGUCAACACUUCGAUUAUGUACGAGAAGUUUGCGAUUGGGCUGCAGUAGUAAAAUGCAUUCGUCCAAUUCCACCAAUUCAUUACAUGAAAAGCGAUGAAACAUAUAAAGACUAUCAGUUAGAAUUGUCCCUCUACAGUCUUGAUCCAACUAUUUGCAUCGGCGUCUGUCCUGAUGAAGACAAUGAUUAUAUGAUAUUACUGCCAACCGACAACUGUAAAAAGUUCUGCAUGUGCAGCAACGGCAUGGCAUGGAUUCAGCCGUGUCCUGGACACCUUUACUUCGAUUCUAUAGAUAAAACCUGCAGGCAAAAACAAAAUGCAAAAUGUGCAGUACGUCCAAUCACUCAACAUCCCUUCUUGGAAGCUGAUAAAGUUGGAAAAAUAGAUUCAUCAAUUAUUAACAGAAAUGAAAACAAACUACGCAAUAUAUCCGGAUUAGCAGAGUCUUCGUACAAUCUUGAUCCAUCUACAUGUAUUGGAACAUGUCAUAAAGAAGAAAAAGACAAUGAAGUGUUAUUACCAAAUGAAGAUUGCAAGAAGUUUUGUCCUUGUAGGAACGGCACAGCCUGGGUACAGUCUUGUCCCGAACCGCUCUACUUUGACACUGUGGAAAACAUGUGCAAGCAGAAGAAAGACGCUGUUUGUGGAGUACGCAUAUUUAGCCGACGCCUCUUUGUCACGCAUAAUAAACUACUUGCGAAUGGUGAUUCAAAACAUCUAAAUACUGUAGACGAUGACACGGAGGAAAUGGACAACAAUCCUUCGUCUGCAGUAGCCUUCGAUAACCUCGACCCGGCCACGUGCAUCGGAACUUGUCCGGCGGAGGAUCCCAAGGAUGUAGUGUUACUUCCAAACGAUGAUUGCAAGAAAUUCUGUAUGUGCAGCAACGGCAUAGCCUGGGUACAGUCUUGUCCUGAACCACUCUACUUUGACACUGUGGAAAAAAUAUACGAUGACACGGAGGAAAUGGACAACAAUCCUUCGUCUGCAGUAGCCUUCGAUAAUCUCGACCCGGCCACGUGCAUCGGAACUUGUCCGGCGGAGGAUCCCAAGGAUGUAGUGUUACUUCCAAACGAUGAUUGCAAAAAUUCUGUAUGUGCAGCAACGCAUAGCCUGACGAUGACACGGAGGAAAUGGACAACAAUCCUUCGUCUGCCAGUAGCCUUCGAUAACCUCGACCCGGCCACGUGCAUCGGAACUUGUCCGGCGGAGGAUCCCAAGGAUGUAGUGUUACUUCCAAACGAUGAUUGCAAGAAAUUCUGUAUGUGCAGCAACGGCAUAGCCUGGGUACAGUCUUGUCCUGAACCGCUCUACUUUGACACUGUGGAAAAAAUAUGCAAGCAGAAGAGAGACGCUGUUUGUGGAGUACGCAUAUUUAGCCAACGCCUCUUUGUCACGCAUAAUACACUAAUUGCGAAUGGUGAUUCAAAACAUCUAAAUACUGUAGACGAUGACACGGAGGAAAUGGACAACAAUCCUUCGUCUGCAGUAGCCUUCGAUAACCUCGACCCGGCCACGUGCAUCGGAACUUGUCCGGCGGAGGAUCCCAAGGAUGUAGUGUUACUUCCAAACGAUGAUUGCAAGAAAUUCUGUAUGUGCAGCAACGGCAUAGCCUGGGUACAGUCUUGUCCUGAACCACUCUACUUUGACACUGUGGAAAAAAUAUGCAAGCAGAAGAGAGACGCUGUUUGUGGAAUACGCAUAUUUAGCCAACGCCUCUUUGUCACGCAUAAUACACUAAUUGCGAAUGGUGAUUCAAAACAUCUAAAUACUGUAGACGAUGACACGGAGGAAAUGGACAACAAUCCUUCGUCUGCAGUAGCCUUCGAUAACCUCGACCCGGCCACGUGCAUCGGAACUUGUCCGGCGGAGGAUCCCAAGAUGUAG